AUGGUUGGGUCGUUUUUAUUCUUAAGUUAUUGCAUAUUUUACGGAGUUAACACAGAACAUUAUUCCCAGUAUUCAAACAAUGAGGAAGAUCAAUGGGACUCUGAUAAUUCUGAAGACAGUUUUGAAUAUGAGAGUGGUAUAAUAACGGCCUAUAAAACAGUAAAUGAAUGCACUGAACAAAAUGACAGAAUUACUAUUUCGGAUGAGACAGAAAGCAGUACAAUAGGUGAAUUAGUACUUCCAGAACCUUACUCACAGUAUUCAAACAAUGGAGAAGAUCAAUGGGAUUCUGGUAGUUCAGCAGACAGUUUUGAAUAUGAGAGUGAUAUAAUAACGGUCUAUAAAACAGUAAAUGAAUGCACUGAACAAAAUGACAGAAUUACUAUUUCGGAUGAGACAGAAAGCAGUACAAUAGGUGAAUUAGUACUUCCAGAUAGAACGAUGUGUAUUGGACCUAAUGAGGAGCUGAAAUGUGUGAAGUCUUGUCCACCCGCGAAAACGUGUCGAAAUCGCGACAUUCUCUUUAAUUGCAUUGAUAACUCUACAGUGGUCUGCAAAAAUGAAUGUAUUUGUAAAGAGGGAUUUUAUAGGAACGACAAAGGAGGUUGUGUGACAAGCGAAAUGUGUGAUAAAACGAUGUGUACUGGACCUAAUGAGGAGCUGAAAUGUGUGAAGUCUUGUCCACCCGCGAAAACGUGUCGAAAUCGAGACAUUCUGUUUAAUUGCAUUGAUAACGCUACAGAGGUCUGCAAAAAUGAAUGUAUUUGUAAAGAGGGAUUUUAUAGGAACGACAAAGGAGGUUGUGUGACAAGCGAAAUGUGUGAUAGUUUGAAAUGUGGAAUUAACGAAGUACUUGUAGAAAAUCCUUCGCCAUGCAGCAAUCAGUUCUGUCCUGAAAGUAGAGAGUCCAUCAUAAGGCCUUGCCCAGCUUCCAUUUCACGGGAUAUUAAGCUUCCUCCACGCUGCGAAUGCCGUUUUAAUUACAGCCGCGCUAAAAACGGGACUUGCAUCCCUACAGAACAAUGCCCACCUUUUCCUUGUGGCCGUAACGAAAUGUUUGUCGCUUGUCCGCCGUACUGCCCUACUGAUGACUGCAGCCAAGCAACGCCUUCCGGAAAAUGUCCAAUAAUCGGUCGCAUCGGUAUUGUAGUGCCGUGCCGGCCGCAGUGCCGAUGUAUUAAAAAUUAUUGGCGAAGGAACAAUGUUUGUGUUCCUUUCGAACAGUGCAAUGAACCAGAAUGUAAUAAGCCGAAUGAGUCGCUUCAAUGUGUUAAGGCCUGCCCGCCUGAGAGAACAUGUCAAAAUCGGAACGUGUCUUAUAAAUGCGCCUAUAUUAUGAACGAAGUUUGUAAAAAGAAAUGCGUUUGUAACAAUGGCUUCUACAGAGAUUCUAAUGGCUUCUGCGUCACAAGCGAUCUUUGCGACAAGAAAUGCACGGGACCCAAUGAAAUGUACACACCAAAUAAAAAGAAAUGUCCCCCUGAAAUAUGCCGUUUCAUUGUAUCAAGAUACGCUUGUGAUCCUAAGGAACAGGGUCAGCCAGGUUGCGUUUGCAAAACGGGUUUUCUGAGAAUGAAUCUGACAUCCACGUGUAUGCCGAUAAAGCAGUGUCCUGAACUAAUUAACUCACAACCAAAUUGUACUAAGCCGAAUGAGUCGCUUCAAUGUGUUAAGGCCUGCCCGCCUGAGAGAACAUGUCAAAAUCGGAACGUGUUUUAUAAAUGCGCCAAUAAUAUGAACGAAGUUUGUGAAAAUAAAUGUGUUUGUAACGAUCGCUUCUUCAGAGAUUCUAAUGGCUUAUGCGUCACGAGCGAACUUUGCGUGAUAUGGGUACAGCAAGUUAUUAUGAAUCAACUAAGAUGGGUAAAAGGCGGUCCCAAUGAAAUGUACGUACCUAAUAUAAAGUCUUGCCCGCCUCAAACCUGCCAAUCUACCCUGGCGUUGUAUAAAUGUGAUUCAAAAGAGCAGGGUCAGCCGGGAUGUUUGUGUAAACUCGGAUUCUUGAGAAGGGAUUCAAAUUCAACCUGCAUACCGGCGGAUCAAUAUCCCGAAUUUAAAACUUCACCUGAUUCCAAUAAAACGAUGUGUACUGGACCUAAUGAGGAGCUGAAAUGUGUGAAGUCAUGUCCGCCCGCGAAAACAUGUCGAAAUCGUGACAUUCUGUUUAAAUGCUUUGAUAACGCAACAGAGGUCUGCAAAAAUAAAUGUAUUUGUAAAGAGGGAUUUUAUAGGAACGACAAAGGAGGUUGUGUGACAAGCGAAAUGUGUGAACCACAAUGUAAUAAGCCGAAUGAGUCGCUUCAAUGUGUUAAGGCGUGCCCGCCUGAGAGAACGUGUCAAAAUCGGAACGUGUCUUAUAAAUGCGCCAAUAAUAUGAACGAAGUUUGUAAAAAGAAAUGCGUAUGUAACAAUGGCUUCUACAGAGAUUCUAAUGGCUUCUGCGUCACAAGCGACCUUUGCGAACCACAAUGUAAUAAGCCGAAUGAGUCGCUUCAAUGUGUUAAGGCGUGCCCGCCUGAGAGAACGUGUCAAAAUCGGAAAGUGUCUUAUAAAUGCGCCAAUAAUAUGAACGAAGUUUGUGAAAAUAAAUGUGUUUGUAACGAUGGCUUCUUCAGAGAUUCUAAUGGCUUCUGCGUCACGAGCGAGCUUUGCGAUAAAACGAUGUGUACUGGACCUAAUGAGGAGCUGAAAUGUGUGAAGUCAUGUCCGCCCGCGAAAACAUGUCGAAAUCGUUACAUUCUAUUUAGAUGUAUUGAUAACGAGACAGAGGUCUGCAAAAAUGAAUGUAUUUGUAAAGAGGGAUUUUAUAGGAACGACAAAGGAUAUUGUGUGACAGGUGAAAUGUGUGAUAAUUCAAAAUGUCAAAUGAACGAAGUACUCGUGGAAAAUCCUUCGCCAUGCGGUGAUCGAUACUGUCCUGUACAUAAAGAGGCUAUCAAUAGACCUUGCUCAGCCACCAUUUCACCGGGUAUGAAGCUUCGUCCACGUUGCGAAUGCCGUUUUAAUUACAGCCGCGCUAAAAAUGGGACUUGCAUUCCUACGAGUCAAUGCCCACCAUUUCCUUGUGGCCCUAACGAAAGCCGCAGUGCCGAUGUAUUAAAAAUUGUUGUCGCAAGAACAAUGUUUGUGUUCCUUCCGACCAAAGCAAAACAACAAAUGUAUGCAAGGAUGGUACAACAUAAGCUGCAAUUUGACAAGAUUAGAACAAUUUUCAUACAAAUCAAGAUUUUAAUGAUCUUGAAUAUAUGCCAGAAAAAUUACUUUGAAAUAAUUAAAUAA